GCUCAAACGUCCCCUUCCGCUUCCCUCUCCGCCUUCCCCUUCCCCUUCCGGCCGCCGUCUCUCUCUCUCCCUCUCUCCUAGAGAGAGAAGAACGCAGGAACCGCGUUCGGUCAAGUGAGACCCUCUCCUCCUCUUCACUGUUCAUUCACCAUUCUCUGCAACGAAAUGGGAGCUCAGAUUUUGCGGUUCCCUUUCACACCAGCCGUCUUUGCCUUUUCUCUUCUGCUCCUUCUUCCUUUCUGUUUCGCGAUUCGAACUUUCCGUCAUCAAUCGGCCGGAAUCGCUGAUUUCACCCGCUUCUCCGAAGCCCCUGACUACCGGAAUGGGGCGGAAUGUUCUUCUUCCUCCGCCGGGGCCUGCGACGCCUCUUUGGUCCACAUCGCAAUGACCUUAGAUUCUGAAUACGUACGAGGCUCCAUGGCCGCCAUUCACUCUGUACUCAAACAUGCUUCCUGCCCUGAAAACGUCUUCUUCCAUUUCAUUGCCGCCGAGUUCGACCAGGCCUCUCCUCGACAACUCACGAAACUCGUCCGAUCCACUUUCCCCUCUCUUAAUUUCAAGGUCUACAUCUUCAGAGAGGACACUGUAAUCAAUUUAAUUUCCUCUUCAAUUCGUCUAGCCCUAGAAAAUCCUUUGAACUACGCUAGAAAUUACCUGGGCGACAUUCUCGAUUCCUGCGUUGACCGUCUCAUUUACCUUGACUCCGAUGUGGUAGUCGUCGACGACAUUCACAAGCUCUGGAACAUUAACCUAACCGGCUCUCGCGUCAUCGGAGCACCGGAAUAUUGCCAUGCCAAUUUCACCAAUUACUUCACCGAAAAAUUCUGGUCCGACCCGGUUCUAACCCGGAUCUUCGCCUCCCGAACCCCCUGCUAUUUCAACACCGGAGUAAUGGUCAUGGAUUUGUCUAAAUGGAGACUCGGAAAUUACAAGAAGAAGAUCGAAAGCUGGAUGGAGUUGCAGAAACGCACCCGGAUUUACGAUCUGGGCUCCCUCCCACCGUUCCUCCUCGUAUUCGCCGGGAAUGUUGAACCGAUCGACCACCGGUGGAACCAACACGGUCUCGGCGGCGACAAUGUUAAAGAUAGUUGCAGAACGCUGCAUCCAGGUCCGGUGAGUUUACUCCAUUGGAGCGGGAAGGGGAAGCCAUGGGUUAGACUGGACGCUAAUAAACCUUGCCUUCUUGAUCAUCUAUGGAAGCCGUAUGAUCUGUACAGAGCUGCAGAUUGGGGUUCACCGGCACCAUCGUCUUAUUCGUCGACAUUGAUUAGUUAUUUAAGUUAUUAAACAGGGGAGGAGAUCAAUUCUUUGGUACAGAUUCAGCGAUUCUUUGAUUGAUUAGGAGCGUAGAUUGUACAGAUUUGGGAGAUGGGUUCGAGAUGGAUACCAUGGAUCGAGCUUGUUUCAUUAUUAUUAUUUACACAACAUUUCAUCAUUCAAUAUAUUCGAUUAUUAUCGAUUCUUGGGAA